ACGCCGCAGCUGCUGCGUCACGCCGCUCCAGAGCCUCCAGUGUGCGGGUCAUGUCUCCGGGAAAACACGGCCUCUCGUCGCUGUGAGUCGCGGCUUUCCUUCCCUUCGCGUUAAAGCAGGAGAGCCAGGAUGAUGUCGUCCUUCUACCACCCAGGCGCCAAGGAGGCGGACAUGGCGGCGCUGGCGGAGCCGCUGUGCCUGGAACGAGAUGUGUGCCGGGUGAUCGAGCUCCUUGAUCGACUGCAGCGCACCGGCGAGCUCCCUCCUCCGAAGCUGCAAGCCCUGCAGAGAGUCCUGCAGAGCAAGUUCUGCGCCGCCAUCAGGGAGGUGUAUGAACAGCUGUACGACACUCUGGAUAUUAUUGGAGGACCAGAGGUGCGAGCGCAGGCAACAGCCAAGGCCACGGUGGCAGCCUUUGCCGCCAGCGAAGGCCACGCCCACCCGAGGGUGGUGGAGCUGCCUAAGACCGACGAGGGGCUGGGCUUCAACAUCAUGGGGGGGAAGGAGCAGAACUCCCCCAUCUACAUAUCCAGAGUUAUCCCCGGAGGGGUGGCCGACCGCCAGGGGGGGCUGAAGAGGGGGGACCAGCUGCUGUCCGUCAACGGCGUGAGCGUUGAGGGGGAGCAGCACGAGAAGGCUGUGGAGCUGCUGAAAGCCGCCCAGGGUUCAGUCAAACUGGUGGUCCGCUACACCCCCAAGGUCCUGGAGGAGAUGGAGGCCCGCUUUGAGAAGAUGAGGAGCGCUCGGAGACGGCAGCAGCACACCAGCUACUCGUCUCUGGAGUCCAGGGGCUAACGGACCUAAAACCUCCCCCCACCUCAUUGUCCAGCCGUCCUGACUCCUCUGUCCUUGUGGGAGGCAAGAAAGUUGACGGAAGCAAAAACAAGAAACAAAAACAGAAACAAAAAAACCAAAGUAGCCUGCCAACAGCUGUUACCUGAAGCCAACGUCCUCUUCCCCUGUUUCUCAGUGAGCUUGUUGUCAGUCAGACCCGGUAAUAUCAGCGCACCCUGGUUAGACCCCAGACCAGACGCUCCUCUUUAGCGUGUGGCCCAGUGAGAACCCAGUCCCAGUGUCAUUGGUGUUUUACUUUCCCAGAGCUGAAGUCAUCCCAAGUGUCCAGUCUGCAAUAAGCCUCAUCAGGAGAAGAAGCGCCUUCAGCAUUCACCGCCAGUCAUCGGGCAGAGGUCUGGCUAGAGGGCUAGGUGUUCAAGUGUUGAAAAGCUACGUUUAAAUCAGUGUCACCUAAAUGUUUGAGGGUUUAUUUUUUUGUAUUUAUUUGUGUAUUGAUCUAUUUGCAUAAAUGUCCAUAAAAUAAACUUAACUGUGAAA